AUGACAGAAACUAGAUUUCAUCUUGCUCUUGCCGUUAACAAUGUCAAGAACUUCAUUCCUAUCACUUUCGAGAUGGAAAAAGGCCACUACUCUUCCUGCGCAGAGUUAUUUAAAAUUUAUUGCCGAGCAUACCAAGUCAUCAACCACAUCAUCCCGCUUACUCAACGGACUUCUGAGGCAGCCAAGGAAAAAGCAGUUGCACGUGAUGAAGAACUUUGGUCACGCUUGGAUGCUAUAAAUAUUUUUCAAGACAACAAGAAUUCUCGAGCUGUCUACCUGGAAAAUCAAUUCACUCAUGUUCAUCUGGAUGAUUUUCAAACUGUUUUUGCCUGUUGUCAAGAGCUCAAAAUGCUUGCCGAUCAACUAUCAAAUGUUGGUGCACCAUUAUCGAAUCAACGGUUAGUUCUCCAAUUAAUUACGGGUUUAAAUGAAAAUUAUGAUAGUGUUGCUACAUUCAUUCAACAAAGCAAUCCUUUGCCUCCUUUUUAUGAGGCUCGUUCGCGAUUGAUUCUCGAAGAAACCCGUGAGGCCAAGCAAACUGCAGCCUCUGCCAGUGCUGCAGGUACAACCCUUUUCACUGCCAAUAAUUCUGCUGAUGAAUCCAAGGGUACACAUUCUGGCUUAGGCAAUGCACCAAACCGUCAUAACACUACUCCGAAACGUGGAUAG